GCAGAGCUCCUUGAGAACCGAGCCCCUGAUGAACCUGUUCCACUACCAUCACCAAUCGAAGAUUUUGAAGCAGCCAGUGUGACACAGGCAUAUAAUGAAGAGUUUGAAGCAGCCAUUGUGGCACAGGCAGCUGGUGUUGAACAGAGUAGCCCCGAAACUGCAGACAAGAGCCUUCAAGUUGUGAUAAAACCAGUAACAUCUUGCACGGCGUCACAAGCAGACAUAAAAAAAAGUGCAACUUCAUUUCACGUGGGACGCAGACAAAGCCUCGGGGUGUUUCAAUCGGUGUCCAGGUUGGCAACUUCACUGCAGAUGUUGCUACUCAGGUCAUGAAUGUGGCAGAGCCAUGUUAUGAGAGUGACAGUGACAGCCUAAGUGACAGUGAACCUCCUUCUGAUUUCGACGACGAUUACAAUCCUGACAAUGACCCUUGCCACGAGCCCGACACCUGUGCCGACUCUUCGGAAGAUGGAGUAAUUUUAGUUGAAAAAAGGCACCUGACCACAUUGUUUCUAGUCUGCCGCACAUGCCUUGCUCCUUGCACAUACAGUCUUCGCUGUGAAGGGACAGUUACAGAGGUGUGUGCUCAGUGCCCACUAGGAUACCAGCUAUGCUGGAGGAACCAAGACGUUGUAAACCAGCAGCCAGUGCUAAACCUGAAGCCUUCUGCUGCCCUUUUGUUUUCGGGCAAUAACCCUGCUGCAACUUUGAGGAUGCUGGCUUCUAUAGGUGUUGAAGUAGUUACGGACAGGACCUUCUUCAAUAUCCAGCGUAUUCACCUUUGGCCUGCAGUGGACAAAGUUUGGAGGGAACAACAAAAGCAGCUAUUCGAAAAUGCCCGUGGCCAAGAAGUUGAGCUUGCAGGGGAUGGGCGGGCUGAUUCGCCUGGCUUCAGUGCCAAAUUUGGCACAUACUCUUUGAUGGAUGUUGCAAACAACAAAGUGCUCCACGUAGAGCUUGUCCAGUCAAAUGAGGUAGGCGGCAGCUGCCACAUGGAACUGGAGGGUCUUAAGCGUAGCCUUCAGUUCCUAGAAAACCAUAGUAUCUCUGUGAAGACUCUUGUGACUGACCGGCAUGCUCAGAUCAAGGCCUAUAUGCGAAGAGAAAAACCAGGAAUCAGGCAUGAGUUUGAUAUCUGGCACGUCGCAAAAGGUGUCUCUAAAAAAUUGACUGCCAUUUCAAAGCGACAUGACUGCAAAGAACUGCAGCCAUGGGUGAAGUCGAUUCAAAAUCAUUUCGAGCAGAUUGUUCCCAAGUGGCUGUCACUACUAAAUCAUAUUAAGGAUGUGCACAUUCACAAAAGUGCAGUAUUCCCAGCAUGUCUACAUGAGGAAACUGAACGACGUCAGUGGCUCAGUGAGAAGUCUAAGGCAUUUGAAAGGCUCCAAGCAAUUGCGGCUUCAAAGCCCCUUUUAUUGGACAUGCCCAAGCUAUCAACAUCACAUCAGACCUACGGUCUUGAAACUUUUCAUGGACUUGUGAUACAUUUUGCUCCAAAGUAUUGUCAGUACUCAUACCUUGGAAUGAAGGCAAGAACCCAGUUAGCCGUCUUGCACCACAAUGAAAACAGUGAAAGAGGCCAAGCAUGCAGAGUAGAUGGUGAAGCCAGGUGGAAUGUAAAAUAUCCAAAGGCUACAGGGGGCAAGGGAAUUGCUUGCCCUGUAAAGGAACGGACAACUCACAAAUAUGUGAAGAUGCUUUUGGACCUCGUGAUGGUGGAGGCAAAGAAUUCGUCAUCACGGUUCAAGAAAACUCGGCUCCCGAUGACCCCGCUACCAUUGUGCAGCCAGUUUCCUCAAGUUUCCAAGGAUGAUGCUGUGAGACGGAGGAGAACAAGAUUCAAUAAGUAACGUCGCGAGCUCAUUCACUGAGAACAGAAAAAUUGGCUUUGCGUGUUGGUGCAAUUGCCUGAUGCAUUCUAAUAAAAAAUAUUCCCAGCCUGCAAAUGUCCCUACUAAACUUACUACCGUGCUUUCAGUAAUUACGCAGAAGUCCAGUGACUUUGUAGCCAUUUCUUUCUGGUCUCAUUUAUUUACCUCUGCAAAAUUCCUCUAAUUUGAGACAUCUCUUCCAGGUACUAUCUGUAGUCAGACAGUAAAG